AUGUCUAUUAAUCAGGUAUGUUUUGUUAACAUAGGAAUUAAUUUACAAACUGCUUCAUACUCACAGCUUAAGCAUGUUCUUGAAGAAAUUGAAGGUUAUUCUAGUGAAUCUGCUGCAGAUAUAUUUCAGAGGAAAGCUACUGAACUUAUGGAGAAAAUUAAUAAGAUUUCGGAUAACUCAAUUGAUUAUUCAAAUCCAGAAAAAAUCUCAGAACUACCAUUUCCAUUUCUUGGAACUAAGAAACCAACAGAUCGUUUUAAUACUUACAAUAACUACUAUUUCAAAUACAUUGGUAGGGAAAAGUUUGAAAAGAUUCUAGAAGAUAUUAACAAAAUGAAAGCAGGUAUUACAAACAUGAGUUAUUACAUUUAUGGUACUAUGGGUUAUGGAAAAUCAUAUAUCCUUGCUGCAAUGACAUGCUAUCUUCUUCGUACUGGAAGGUGUGUAGUGUAUCUUCCAGAUUGCCGUGUCUUUGUCAAUGAUCCAUUAAACUACAUCAAAUCAGCUCUGUUUCUAACAUUUGCUUAUAAAGAAGAUGAAUUUAAGGUCAUUUUAAAUUGUGAAAAAAUUGAGGAUAUUGUUAGAUUCUGCCAUUCAUUAGGAAUAUAUAACCGCAGAUUAUAUUUCAUUGUGGAUCAAUUCAAUGCUUUAGAUUAUGAUGAAGGUAUCAAUGCUGCAUUCAGCAAUGAUGUUCCAAUAUGUAAAAAAGAGAUUUUGUAUGAUCUGAUUAAUAAAAUGACUAGUGAACAUUAUAUAAUCAAAAGUGCAUCAGCAAAUAACAAAUCAGCAUUAUAUUUACAAAGAAAGCAAUUACAGGAAGAUAAAAUAGUACUGAUUGGAGGAUAUACUGAGGUAUGA